AUGACGGCUGGCUUGCAAGGGCUAUAUGCCAGCAUAAGCGACCGGCGCAAGCCAGAUAAGACUGCAUUGGUCCCGACCUUCAUGACGGAUGCCGAUGGCAGUUUUGUCGCGCGACAUCCCGUCCCAUUGUUCCAGGGGCGAUACGCCUUUACCCGCGUCCUUGCCAAGGGCGGCUUUGCCACGCUGGUUGAAGUGGAGGAUACCUUCCAAUCUGGCAUUCGCCGCGCCAUCAAAGUGAUGCAUGCUUCAUAUGCUGAGAUGGGUGUUCAGGAAUAUGACAUCAUCUCGCGGCUCAACGCAGCAGAUCCUGCCGGGUCAUACGCGAUUGGUCGAUGUUUUGGGCGUUUCUGGGCCGGGCAGCACCUCUGCGUUGCUUUUGAGCUCCUCUCGUCAGCACCGCUCCACCAUUGUAUUGACCGCGCCUCUCAGACAAUCUCUGCGCGGCGUGAGAGUCCUGUUGCGCUGCGUCUCAAAGCUGUGGCCAAGGUUGCAGUUCAAGUGCUACAUGCCCUAGAGCUGCUGGAGAUUCUCAACAUUCUUCAUGCGGACAUCAAACCAGAUAACAUUUUGCUUUGUGAUGAUUCCGCACAGCGCUGUGCUGUCAAACUCAUGGAUUUCGGCAACAGUUUUGAAGCAACUCCCGAAAUGGUGGGCAUGUACGUGGAGCAGAUGCAUGAUCUACAGUCGCUGCAGUACCGAGCGCCCGAGGUCUUGUUUAACACGCAGUUUGGUCUGCCUGCUGAUGUGUGGUCAUUGGGCUGCAUCCUGGCUGAGGUGAGUUGUGAAGGCUCACCAUCAUCAGAGCGUUGGCAAGGAAGCUGA